AUGGAACGCCUAGCGGCAGAGCUAGCGGGUCAGCGAGUGGCCACGAAUGCUAAGAACAACGACGGCAACCUCGCUCGAGCGCAGUGGGAAGAGAUUGUGUCCGCUCUCAACGACCUGGCUAUUUCGAAGGGGGUUCACAACCUCGGUUUGACUGUCAGUAAAGUGCGGAACAAAGUUGCGGAAGUCAAUAAGGAGCAGUAUAUACCUCGCCGAGUCAUUGCUGGCAAGAGUGGGAAGAGUGGUUGGCACUUCGAUCGGAAGACGGGCCAGGCGCAUGCAGAGCCUCCAAUUUGGGAAGCAUGGUUGGCUACGCUAGGCGAUGACCGACCACUUUAUGAGAAGUGUAAAGAACCUUGGCCCAUUUACGAGCUAUGGGACAAGUAUCGAGGAGGGAGAGGUGCAACUCGCGAGACUGUCAAGAAGCCAGGUAGCCGCCCUUCAGCGGUAGCUCGGAACGCACAGCAAAGCGACGAGGGGGAGAGUUCAGGCGGGGAGAAUGAGAAUCCGUCUCAAACGCCGGAAAGAUCCACUGGUAGUCGCAAGAGAUCCCUAGCCUCUAGUACCCCGCAGAGCCAAGCUAGCCGAAGAAAACGCAGGCGCCAAGAAUCCUUGCGUGAACAACAAUCUCAAGAACAGAAGUCCUCGCUUGAAGCGAUGGUACAACUGUUUCAAAACAGUCGUCCCCCCUCUGUUGGUGAGAAGGCGGCCAAACUUCUGUCCAUGGACAAAGUUCGAUGGGGGCUGACCGCCAGGGAAGACUUCGAAAUCACCAAUGCCAUGAUGGAGAGUCCAUCGAAAUGCGAGUUCUACCUUGGCAUGUCGCCAGCCGAACGACAGCGGUGGGCGUUUGGGUACCUUAAAAUUGACAGGGUACCUCCACCCGUCGAUGAGCCGUCCAAUCGGCAUGAUGAUGACGAUGACGCCGCCGGUUCGAUAGAGGAUGAAGAUGAUGAGCGGGAGGACUUGGACGGCUUGGGUCAAUAUGGAAACUGGUAA